AUGUUCGUUAAUAUGGCUUUCAAUUUAAUUAAACAAUCCGGAGGGAUAGCGAUUAAAAAAGCGAUCUCAUCGUCUCCGUAAGUAAUUGAAAUAUAUGUUAUUUAAUAUUUUGUUUUGUUAACACCUUCGUCACAUUGAUUAUAUUAUAUAGAAGUAAAGGUCUAUUUACUGCUGCCGUGCGAUCGUCCAAAGAAACAAGAGGCCUAGAAAAAGUGUACGAGAAAAACGAGCCUGUUUUAUUAGAAACUGACAAUGUCAUCGGAAAAACCCCUUUGAUGGCCGUUCAGAAUUAUAUUGAAGUUGCUGAUAAAGUAAGUUAGGUUGAAGUAUAGCUUUUGAGAAAAAAAAUGUCAAAAUAUUGAAAAAUGUUCAUAGACUUUUGGGAUUACCAAGAAUACUAAAUUGAUUAUCUUUUCUAUCUUAAAUUCAAUUUAUGACAAUCAAUAUACAAAUUCUAAUUUGUCCUUAUUGAAUAGGGGUCUCCCCAGUCUAGUUUUGCUAUAUCUAUGCUAAUUAAAUCAUCAUGGGUUAAAUUGUUAGUAUCAUUAUUAUUAAUAUAAAUUAUAUGAGUUGAUUUAUGUUUGUGACAAAACUAAUUAAAUUAAAUUAAUUUUGUUCAUGAUAAAUAUUAAAUAUCAGAUAUGGAACAUCAAUAAUGUAAUAUGAUAUUACUAAUAACUAUUGACAGAAUAUUGACUUAGAUUUUGAGCAUAGUAAGGGAUGUAUUGGUUUUUUUUUUUUAAAUCAUUUUUAUUAAAAUUAAUCCAAUUUACUGUUUAAAUAUCAACAAUUGGAUUUGAUUGUAAAUUACAUUUAAAAUUAAUGUAUAACAAUUAAUAUAAUAACAUCAUUUUAAAAUUGUUGAUUUAAAGUCUAUAAUACUAUGAGACUCUGUGUAAUUUUUCAAUUUUCUAAGUUGGGGAAGUAGGAUAUAUAAAGUUAUAUAUAAAAUCUAUAGGUAACGAUAAGCCAUUGCUGACAAAAUAUCAUUCUGAGCAAAGUUUUAUUAAAUAUGUUUUGAAAUGUCAUAAUUUUUAAGACUUUUGAAAAAACAAAAUCACUUUAUUAUACUAAACAUUUUUUACAUUAAGUAAAACUUAUAAUGGAACUUGUACUACAUUUUAAAGUAUUUUUGUUUGACCAAUACAAUUUUAUGCACAUAAAACCAACAAAAUACUUAAAAAAAUUUGAAUAUGUCAAAUACAUAUAAUAAUAGCUGAAAUAUCAUUAGAAUAUUAAUACCCCAUCUAGAAAAGUCUAAUAUAAUUAUUCUGUGAAAAUGUAUGGUCUUUAUGAAUAUUUUAAAGCAGAUUAAUAUAAAAAUCCAAACCGAAAAUAAUGAAACCAUGAUUACUGUAAACUUUCCAUUUUUUCUGCCUUUACUGAGUUAUUUAGAAGACUAAGAAAAUUAAAAAAGAAACACCUUAUGCACCUGAUAAACAAAAUUUGUUUUCUAAAAACAUACUACCAUAAAGAAAUUUGUUUUAUUUUAUGAAACUUUUAUUUUGUCAAUUUUCUCCCAUUAGUUAUUAUUUUUUUUUUAUUUUUCUAAAUGAUUAUGAAAACAUCUUGGAAAUUCUAAAAAUUAUCUCCACAAUUUUCUAAGGUAUAAUCCAGAAUUCUAUAACAAAGCUGUUUCGUCAAUUUUUGAUUUAAUCAACAUUUAGAUUAGAAAAGUUGUAGACAGAAAAAACAAUUUUACACAUCAUAAAAUCUAUACAUUUCUCUUUGGGUUCAGAUAUAAUAUAAUAUAAUUGUCUAUAGGAGGAAUAUUAUCACUGAUUAACGACAUUUUUAAAAUUAUUUAAACAUGCCCAUUUUCAAGUUAAUGUCAUUUAUGAAAUGAUCUGUUAUCCAGGUUGAUAUUAGUUCUUUGACCGGUGUACCUGAAGAGCAUGUCAAAUCACGUUUGGUAAAGAUCAGUAAGGCUACCAAAAAUGUUAUGCAGUCUGGUACCGACAACACUCACAAUUGGGUUAUGGAAUUUGAUAACAGAGAGCGUUGGGAAAAUCCAUUAAUGGGUUGGACAUCGACGUAUGUGAAAUUUUAAUUUAUACAAUUGGUUAUACAGUAGAAGCCCCGCUUAUUAGGAACAUUUUUUAACCGAGGUGAAAUGUGUCAAUUAACUUAUUGUUCCUAAUAUAUAAUUGGUUUUGAUAUAUGACUGGUCCGUUCCUAUAUAUUUUGUUUCAAUAACGCCAUUAUAUCAAUUAUUUGUGUUCCUAAUAGACAUUAUAGUAAACAAAUUUAAUUUUUGUUUAGAGGUGAUCCGUUAUCGAAUAUGAAAAUUGAGUUUAUCGAAAGAGCCGAUGCUAUAAAUUUCUGUGAGAAAAAUGGCUGGAAAUGGUAUUUAGAAGCGGAACACAAGACUAAGCCUAGGCCCAAAUCGUAUGCAAUCAAUUUUUCAUGGAACAAACGUACAAGAGCUUCUACAAAGUGA